AUGGUUUCUAUGAAAUUUACUAAAAUAAAAGAUUUUUUAAAAGAUAAAAAAUAUAAAAUUAAAUUUAUAGAUGAUGUUUUUAUAUUUUUUAUUGGAGAAGUUCUUAUUGAUGGUUCUGGUAAAUAUAAAGAAAAUCCAGAAUUAAAAGAUCAGUUACCUGUGAUAGAUAAAAUCAUUGAGUGCUUUAGAAAAGUAUAUUAUGAAGAGUUAGAAGAAUAA